AUGCAGCUCAUAUCAUAUCGUGCUCAGUGCUCAGAGCAGCCGGACGAACAGGGAACAGUCACCUUGAGACGACAGUUUCCUUAUUUUGGCAACGCUUUAGUUAGCCGCCAGAAAACUUCUAGACUGGUCCAUCUUCCAAUACACGAAGGAGGCGUAGUAGUGCAUUAUUUAGAAGAGAUAUAUAUGACGCCUCCAAACUUCGAAUUGAAGCACGAAACCUGGCUCAACUUUCAUCGAACCCAAAUUUCGUCUUCCGCAUCUAAAAAUAAGGCUCAUCGAGCAGCCAAGCCUUGUCUUCAUCCUCCUGGCAUCUUCGUGGCUGAAGCAAGCGUUUGUUCUGUUACUAGUCAUGGAAUACUGGGCAAUCUUGGACGUGCACUUGAUUAUGGUAUAGUUCCCUUUCGCCAGACAGAAUACUAUGUGGAAUUCAAUCGCCCCUCCCACGAUGCUCGGAAGGCAUGUUUCAUCAGCCUCGUUAAAACCCCAUUUCUAAAAUCUCUUCAGCAUCAAAAACGCUGGGAAAUGCUCCAUAGAGUUAUCAGGAGGCAUGAAAUGGCCAGGAGUGUGAAGAGGAUCCAAUCUCUCCAAAAUAAAUUCGCACAACAAACCAAUCAUCCAGAGGCAGAACCUAGAAGGAUGGAAGCAAUCAUGCCCAGCUGGUCUCGACCCCUUAACUUAAAAUUUUCCUUCGUCAAUAUUGACGACAUGAAGACCCCAAAGAGGUACAAGGAAGCUGCCCCCGGUAUGAAUGUUAGAAUUGUCACAUACAAUACCAAGGUGCCGGUUCGAAUUCUAAUUUCAAUAUUUCGCCACUUCAUCGAUUUUCAGAAGUGCACAUCCCCGCUAUCGGCUCUUAUUUCUAACCUUCAUAUCAUUCCUUUCUCACGCUUGGGUCAGGCACCCCCACUGAACAAGACUAUGCCACAGCUAUUUUAUGAUCGACCUCAAGCCGCUGGGGCAUCUGAAAUAUCGAGAUUUCCUAUUUUACUGAUUUUUGAAGUAUGGGCAGCAUUGGAUCGGUUUUACAGGUCAGAGUCUAGAGAUUACGGCCAAUGUGCUACCGCGUUAAUCCAAUUUCUAGAUCAGGAUCUGCUGGUGUUCCUCUCAGGAGGGAAAUUCUCCAUUCAACCGACGAAAAAAGUCUCGGCGAAAGUCACAGGGAGAUGUUUCGUGAUUCUAUCUGCCACGAGAGAAACGCUGCAGUCUCAUAUAUAUUAUCAGCUUUUGGCUCUCGGUUCUGGAUGUGACGUUGGGAGUUGCUGGAUGCUCUACUACUCAAUUCGCGAUCCGGUACGGGAACUUUGCUCAGCGUCUUGCUGUCGAAAUGUGGAGUUAGUCUUCAGCAAACAGGAUAGUGUGUACUACCCGCAAGUCUUUAAGAACAUUUUUAACCUCCCCGGGUUUUAUCUCUUUACAAUCUUAACGUCCCUCACUGCGGGUCGAGAAACACCCCGCGCCGAGAAAUAUAAGGGGUACUUCAACUUCAAGCGACUCAAAAUCUAUGCUAUUUAA